AUGAAGUAUCCUCCAACUCCUCAGAGUAAAACUCUGUUAGAUAUGGAAGUAGCCAACUACUGUGAAGGCCUGGAUCCUUCGUACAACACGCUGGGCUUUGAGCAUGCAGAGGUACUCUAUGUAGGACGAGACAGCAUGCCGACAGAGCCAAGCCUGCCUGGUCCAGAUGGGAUCAUUAGUAACUGUGCAAUCUGUGGAGAUAAAGCCACAGGAAAACACUAUGGAGCCUCCAGCUGUGAUGGCUGCAAAGGCUUCUUCAGACGCUCAAUACGCAAGAGCCACGUCUAUACCUGCAGGUUCAGCAGACAGUGCGUCGUGGAUAAAGAUAAGAGGAACCAGUGUCGUUUCUGCAGACUCAACAAAUGCUUCAGAGCUGGCAUGAAAAAAGAAGCUGUGCAGAAUGAGAGGGAUCGGAUCAGUUCCCGAAGAAGUAUCUCCGACUCCCAAGACCUUCCAACCAUUACUAUUUUGGCCCAAGCAGAAUCAUUGUCCCACCAGAGCACUACUCCGGUUGGAAUAGCAGACUUGUCAGAGCAGAAGUCAGCCACUGUAGGGGACAUAUGUGAUUCUAUGAGACAGCAGUUAUUGGUGUUGGUGGAAUGGGCCAAAUAUAUUCCUACUUUUGGAGAACUUCCACUGGAUGACCAGGUGAGCUUGCUUCGGGCUCAUGCUGGUGAACACCUCUUGCUUGGGGUUGCCAAAAGGUCAAUGCCAUUCAAGGACUUCCUGCUUUUAGGUAAUGGCUGUGUGAUCCACAGAGACAGUCCUGAACCAGAGAUCUGCAGGGUAGCCAACAGAGUCCUGGAUGAGCUGGUGCAGCCCUUCCAGGAAAUACAAAUAGAUGAAAACGAGUUUGCAGCACUCAAGGCUAUUGUCUUUUUUGACCCAGAUGCAAAGUCUUUGCGGGAUCCUUCGAAGAUUAAGACCAUGCGACUGCAGGUUCAGAUGAGUCUGGAAGACUACAUUAAUGAUCGUCAGUAUGACUCCAGGGGUCGUUUUGGAGAGCUGUUACUCCUGCUGCCCACCCUGCAGAGCAUCACCUGGCAGAUGAUCGAACAGCUCCAGUUCAUUAAGUUUUGCGGCCUGGCCAAGAUAGACAACCUGUUGCAUGAAAUGCUUCUAGGAGGGCUUACAACAGAACCCACACACCUGCACCAUUCAGCACACACCCAGCUGGCCCAGGACCCUGUGACUGGACACACAUUGGUCAUCAGUACCAUGCCUGUCAAUCACACUCCACAAAUAGCCUCUCCAGACACUCCCAUCCCAUCGCCCCCGCAGGGUCCUGCACCGGAAAUGUACAAACAUUUUCCCCAGCCUGUUUGUCCUCCAGCGAGCCCUUCACCUUCUGCACAGACAGACCCCUGA